UCUGAGCUUGAUUCUAAUGGAACAAAUUACCAUGUGAAGUAAACAUUGCAGAGCUUCCCCAGACCACCACACCUUGGCAGCGUAAUCGGUAGCAGUCGAAAAAAAUAUUGAGUUUGUGCGGUGCGCUCGUUGGUGGCGGCGACGGCAGCGCAGAUGGCUUCAGCUUCUGCAAGAGUUAUUCAGGCCGUCAAGCCACACAACCCGCUGAUCAAGUUUCGCGCGGGCAGCGCAAGGACCGACAGAGGGCCGACGCAGACCACCGCCUCGUCAGCGGCGAUGAAGGCGACGAGUAGCGCUGCUUCCGCAAAAUCCAAACCGGUGGGCUCUCUGCCACGCGGAUCUGGCAUCGACGAAUCUCAACUACCUGCCCGGUACGCCAGGAAACCGCUGUCUCCAUACGAAGGCGACUACAUACAGAGAGGAGGUCCCGAGUAGCAUACAUCCCUGCAUAGCUGCUGUAAAUAAGAAACGCUCAAAAGGAAAUCUUCGAAGCCUGUAUUGAAGAGACCUGCUUUAUAACAACAAUAAUGGAUGGAGGUGUGGACCAUGACAAACAUGGAAAGAAUGCACCAGUGAAAAUAUUUAUUUUCCAAAAAGCAAGCAGUCCCAAGGCCUUGUGAAGGAUGUGCCGUGAAGGCAACAACGAUGAAGGCGGCUGCUGCACUUUGCAAGUGCCCAGUGCAUUCCCAUGCAAUUAAAUUUGUUUGUUCUUGUUGUGGUUAA